AAGACAGAAGAGAUAAACGGUGUAAAAAGCGCGACGUGAAAAGAAAGAAGCUCCUGUUAUCUUCACGACGAUUAUCCAAAAAUAGAAAGAUUCGAGCAAGCCGGCAAUUAAAAAAAGCAGCGUGCCUCACGAUAAGUCGAAGUACCGCGGAGGAAGCAGGUACUUCGUACCAAAUAUUCCAAGAGGAUGAAGGUCUUGCUAUGGCAGGACAUGAAGAAGUAAAAACUGUCGGAGAUAUUGAAAUUACUCAAGAAAUUAUAGAAGAAGUAGAUUUCGAGGAAAACGAAAAGAUGGAUGUAAACAAAAGCGACGAAGAAAGAACGACACCAGUGACGGAAGGUAAUAACCUGGUAGUCAGCUGUGAAAGAUCUUCCGUAAUAGACAUCGAGGAAGAAAUGAAUGAAGAUAUCGGAAAUUCGAUGAAUUACGACUGUAACUAUGUGGUAGAGCGAGCGGAACCACAACAGUCGAACAAUUCAAUAUCCAGAGGUAUAGACUUCGCUGAUUUUGCGUAUGUUUUCGAACAAAUAAAAAAUUUGCAAAAUCAUUCGACUAUAGGCUGCGGUAUUGAACAUUUUGACAUAAUUGGAUGUCAACAGUAUGGAUUGGAAAAAACGUACAAUGUUCAAUGCCGAAUGUGUAAUCACGUGGAGCGUAUAUCCUGUCUUCAGCAGAAUCAUGGAUAUCAACCACGCCGCUGUUUCCGCAACAAUGGUGACGGGCGGCGGAUACAAUCAACUGGAAGAAGUAAUGUCUGCCAUGGACGUGUCCUGCAUGACGAAAAGAAUAUAUGAGAAAUGUCAGAAUGACAUAAUCGAUGCCUUCGAAGUGGCCGCACAACGCGAAAUGGAAGAUGCAGGAAGAGAGGAACAAGAAUUAGCCACAGCAAGGGGCGAUAUAUGUACUUCCAGGAACUGAUAUACCGUGGAUAUCAGUUAUCGCGGAUGGCAGCUGGAUGAAGAGGUCAUACCGCGGAGGUGAUUACAAUUCCCUUUCUGGGGUAGGAGCCAUUGUGGGAUACCACACGAAAAAAGUAUUAUAUAUCAGCGUGAAAAAUAAAUUUUGCCUGAUUUGCCAAAGAGCGGCGAAGAACAUGGAAGAAGCACGCGAGCAUCGAUGCUUUAAAAACUGGGGUCGUAACCAGAAUUCGACUGGGAUGGAAAGUGCCGCUAUUGUGGAAGGAUUCAAGUGCAGCAUAGAAAUGCACGGCCUCAUCUACUCUAUACUUGUUGCCGAUGGCGAUACCAGCAUGUACAAGAAGAUAUUGGACAAUGAUCCAUAUGAAAAGUACAUGGUGCGUGUACGAAAAAUAGAAUGCACCAAUCACCUGCUUCGCAAUUUCGGUAGAAAAAUUACCGAUAUUGUAACAAAAGGCCGCCACAAGGAGUUAAGAGCUAUCGUACAGCAGAAUGCUAUA